AUGUCUGCCGCACGUACCUUUACCCGAGCGGCCGCCAGGACCACGGCUCGCAACGCCUUUGCCGUGGCCCCUCGCCAGGUUUUCCGUCAGAACAACGGCUACCGCUCCUACUCGUCUGCCGCUCCCGGGAAGUCGGGCUCGGGCGGCCUGUUUGCUGGCCUCGCCGCCGCCGCCGCCGCCGGUGGCGCCGGAUACUGGUACUACACCUCGAGCGCCAGCCCCUCGGCCGCCUCGACCAAGACCUUCAAGCCUACCCAGGCCGACUACCAGGCCGUCUACGACGAGAUCGCCAGCCGCCUCGAGGAGAAGGACGACUACGACGAUGGCAGCUUCGGCCCCGUCCUCCUCCGUCUGGCCUGGCACGCCAGCGGCACCUACGACGCCUCCACCGGCACUGGUGGCAGCAACGGUGCCACCAUGCGCUUCGCCCCCGAGUCCGCCCACGGCGCCAAUGCUGGCCUGGUCGCUGCUCGUGACUUUCUCGAGCCCGUAAAGGCCAAGUUCCCUUGGAUCACCUACUCUGACCUCUGGAUCCUCGGCGGCGUCUGUGCCGUCCAGGAGAUGCAGGGUCCCAUCAUCCCCUACCGCCCCGGCCGCACCGAUCGCGACGUCUCGUACUGCACGCCUGACGGCCGCCUGCCCGACGCCACCCAGGGUCAGGACCACCUGCGCGCCAUCUUCUACCGCAUGGGCUUCAACGACCAGGAGAUCGUCGCCCUCUCGGGCGCCCACGCCCUGGGCCGGUGCCACACCGACCGCUCAGGCUUCGACGGCCCUUGGACCUUCUCCCCCACCGUCCUGACCAACGACUACUACCGUCUCCUCAUUGAGGAGAAGUGGCAGUGGAAGAAGUGGAACGGCCCCAAGCAGUACGAGGACAAGGCUACAAAGUCGCUCAUGAUGCUGCCCACCGACAUGGCCCUCGUCCAGGAUAAGAAGUUCAGGCCGUUUGUCGAGAAGUACGCCAAGGACAACGACGCCUUCUUCAAGGACUUCUCCGCCGUCGUCACCAAGCUCUUUGAGCUCGGCGUCCCUUUUGCCCAGGGCACCGAGUCCUGGACCUUGAAGCCCACCUCGGACUAG